GGGAGAAUGGUGCCACAUUGUUGAGGAAGUCAGGACGAUAUAUCUAAAAGCAACAAAAGCCCGAGGCUCUGCUGAAAGAAACUUGGGCCGUUUUUAAAAGGGAAAGGAGAAGCUUUGUGAGGGGAUUGGAAAGUGUAGAGAAUCCUUUCAGUUUGAUUUGAGAGGAUGAGUGGCAUUCCCAAAUCUGGGAGCAGCAACAGGCCUCCCCUGACUCACUCAGUGGAGGGGAUUUUGAACCGGCCUUUUAAGCGAGUCUUGGACGAGGAGAGGUCCGAUGUCAGGAAAGGCAACCUGCACCGCGGCAGGACAUACAGGCAACAGGAGACACAUCACAGGCACAGCACCCAAGAUCUGAAAGAUGGGAAGAAAUCUGCUCGGGAGCAACUGAGAGAGGUCCUGAAGUCUGCAUUCACACCGACAGCUUCACCGAGCGAGCUAACGGCCGCCAUCUUGGAGAGCCACUGCAUGGAGAGCCUGAAGGACGACAGGAACUGUGGGGAGGAGGCGAGCGACUGUGACACCUCAACGGACAGCUCCUUCUAUGAUGAAAGGAAGUCAAAGCGAAGAAUACGGACAACCUUCAGCACAGAGCAGCUCCAUGAGUUGGAGAAGAUCUUUCAGAUCACACACUACCCAGACAUUUGCACACGGGACAGACUUGCAGCUAAGAUUAACCUGCCUGAAGCCAGGGUUCAGAUUUGGUUUCAAAAUCGCCGAGCAAAAUGGAGGAAGUAUGAGAAACUGGGGAAUUUUGGCGGAUUGCAACACCUCACUGAGGUUGAUAUGGUUCCUGCCCCCAAGCCUCAAACCGAGACGUCAAAUGCAACGACAAACAAAGUGUUGAAGGCCCCAUUGUUAUCAAGCUAUUACCCCGGCAUUCCAGAGUCUUGGACCUCAAUGUUUACCCCGUACUCCUCAGCAUUGGCACCGCUGCCCACUGUGGAUCCCAUCACCAUGUCAAAGCUCCAGCCUCAUUUCUUAUGGGUUCCACCGUAUCAUGUGCCCAUCUCUACAGGGCUGCAGUGGGACGUGAUGUGCAUGGGCCUCAGAAGAAACAAUGCGAACUAACGCUGACCACUAGUGCCUGGAACAAGUAUCCAGUGAAUCCAGAGGCCCAAGAGAUUGCAGGAUGGCUCCCGGAGAUUCACUUUGAAGUAACUUGAAGCAUUCUGCAUUAUACAUAUGUUUGUCUAAAGACUAUAAUCGAAUAAUGGCAGAAAGCUGAGGGUAUUCCAAGCAUCACCCUGAGAACUGCGAUGAAGACCUCCUCACUGGACUCGUGGUGCAGAGGCUCUCAGGAUCCGUGAUUAGCUCAGGAUGAAACCUGUGGGGAUCUUGAUGUAAAUUAGACGGAAGGUCCUGGCCAAGUCCUUUCUUAACCUGAAUAAAACAGUCCUUUCUCUUUCUUUAAUUCCUGCUGUGCUUACAUAUUGAGCCUCUUAUUCCCCAUCAGACUGUAUGGAUACUCUUCUGUCUCUCUAACUGCUUUAACAGGCAUAGCUUUUGAACAACAGUUUAUAUUUCUCAAAUGUACAAGGCUGGUCAUUCCAAACCCUUCUCUGUGGAAGAAGAACCUUAUCCAAUUACUUGGCCUGUCUGAGCUGGAUUCUGACCCAAGUGCCAGGGGUAAGGCAUGUUGGAACAAGGCACAGUCCUGUUCACGUUCCUGUUCUGCUGAGAUCACCUGAUAACUCUUCUCAGUCUCAAAUGGGUUUGGGACAUGCAAAAAUAGGGCAACAGGCUGAAAAUGGAUUAUUUUUGAUGUAAACUUGCGAUAUUGCUUGGUGCACCACAGGUUAUGAGUGGGUGAUGAGGGGUCUUGUGGCAGGAGGCUACAAUGAGGGUCGAUAGUUUAUGGAUUGUGGAGGAAGCUAGGUAGAGGCUGAAUGUGUCUAUUAUCCAUGAGUAUGCAUGGAAGGUUACCAGUGUGUAUGUACAUUGUAUCGAACUCGCUGCUUAGCCACACCCAUUGUUAAGGCUAUCUGUGUUGAUAAUGUUAAUCUGUCUGUUGUAUUUGAUUAAAUCUGUUGGAUCAGAAUUGAAAUGGAGCUGUUGCAUUUAAGAUGCAAGUUCUUAUUAAUUGGGUUUGGUCUGCAGAGGAUGAACUUACCUUGAGCAAAAACAGCAUGGAUCCGAAAAGGUUGGAAGGAGCAGAAACAGAUAGCGCUGGAGAAACUCAGCAGGUCUGGCAGCAUCAGUGGAGAGAAAGCAGAGUUGAUGAUUUGCAUCCAAUGACCCUUCUUCAGAACAGGAAUCCUUCAGAAGGAGACUGUUUCAAACUCGUAUUUUUCUUUCCAUGAGGCACACUGUGCAAUUGUAACAAUUCUGUUGUAAUUGGAGCUGAAUCUAACCCAGUACAGGCCAUGUGCAGAUAUUCUGUGAUACAUAAAAAUACCUGCAAUGUUUGUUAGAGAUGAAAAUAUUAUGGCAGUGCAGCUAACAAACCUAUUGACAUUUUGUCCAUGACAGUAGGACACUGAGAAUGAUUGAAUCUUUAAUGUACAAUACAGAUGUACUUUAACGGCAUUCCUAACUUAAAGCAAUCACUCAAAGUUUCAAAUGUCAGAGAGCUGGUCUAAUCCACACAACUGACAGUCUUAAUGAUUUGACUCUGUCAUGUUGAAUGUCAAAAGCAAAGAGAUUCUUUUGAGUUGUUCUUAUUUCUCAGUCUCGAAAUAGCAUGUAAUCUUGAUCGUGUCACAGACUGACCAGUGAUUUCAGGAACAGUACAUAGACAACACAGGAUAGGCUGAGUGUAUUAGGGAAAUGAAUGCAUUAAUGAUGGUGAUGCUGCUUUCAUAGCAGCAGAUACAAGUAAUCGAACGCAACAAUGAGAAGGAUGGAGCCUGGGUACUAAGGAGCUAUAAUUAGCAUAAUGUACAUUAGAAUGCUAAUAAAGAGUUUAAAAGCUAAUUGAGAGUGAGGAAGGGUUACUCUUCAAAAAGGAUAGAACCGGGACACCUCAAAGAGUAUAAAUACCUAAUGUUCAAGAGAAUUCAUGGUCGAUAGGACACAUGAAGGGACGACAAUUUAGGCUUUAGCCUGUGGGAAUGGUACAAUCCGUAGGUCUAGCUGAUGACGCGCAUUAGCAUCUCUAUUCAUUUAAAUCAUUGUUCUGAGACCCGUUGCUGGCAAGAUACAGAGUGAUCCAAAAGUGACAACUGCUUGAUUUGCCAUCAAUUUUUAUCUUCCCUUUUUAUGGACUUGGAGCUCACUGAACAUAUGCAUACCAGGCCACAAUUGCAAUUUUCGCAA